AGGGGCAAUUCUUUCUCCCUUUACCUCUCUGUUCCUUUUUCUUUUGAGUAUUCUUAGUAUUUUCCUCUGCUCCUUCUCCUCCUCUUCCUCCUCCCCCUCCAAGAACCUUCCUUGCUGCUUCUCCCCUGAAGAAUAAAGAGCAAAACAGACUCUUUCUCCCAUUGACUUCCUUCUUCCCUUCCUCUCCCGAGAAUCUGUAUCCGAGAAUAAGGAAGGAAGGAAGGAAAGAAGAAAGAAAGGAAACCCAGAAUCAAGAAUCGAGGAUUGAAGCAAGAGAAAUAGAAAGGGGAAAGAGAGAAGUUGGAUGAGAAGAAGGGAGAUAUGAGACCGAUUAAUCAACAACCACAACCACCGGCAGGUGGGUUUUCCUCCAACUUCUCCUCAUCAUCGUCGUCAUCAUCAGCCCAUAGGAGUCGUCCACGUAGAAGAGCCGACCUAACCUUACCGCUUCCCCAACGCGACCCUUCUUUCGCCGUCCCUCUUCCGCUUCCGCCGUCCAACAACUCCGCUACAUCGGCCUCCAACGCGAACGCGACGGCCGUUCAGCAAGUCAACUUCUCGGAACUCGACCGGGUCAACCGGGUAGGGAGCGGCACGGGGGGCACCGUCUACAAAGUCCUCCACCGCCCUUCGUCUCGCGCUUUUGCCCUCAAGGUCAUCUAUGGGAACCAUGAAGAGUCCGUUCGGCGUCAGAUCCGCAGGGAGAUCGAGAUCCUUCGUGACGUGGACCACCCCAACGUGGUCAAAUGCCACGAAAUGUACGAUCACAACGGCGAAAUCCAGGUUCUUUUGGAAUUCAUGGACGGCGGAUCUUUGGAAGGGACCCACAUACCUCAGGAGUCCAACUUAUCAGAUCUAGCCCGACAAAUCUUGAGCGGGCUCAACUACCUUCACCGGCGACACAUAGUCCACCGCGACAUAAAACCCUCGAAUCUGUUAAUCAACUUCAAGAAGAGGGUGAAAAUCGCUGAUUUUGGGGUGAGCCGAAUCUUGGAUCAAACCAUGGACGCAUGUAAUUCAUCGGUUGGGACUAUAGCCUACAUGAGUCCGGAAAGGAUCAACACGGAUUUGAACCAUGGGCGGUACGAUGGAUACGCUGGGGAUAUUUGGAGUUUGGGUGUCAGCAUAUUGGAAUUCUAUUUGGGGAGGUUCCCUUUUGCGGUUGGUAGACAAGGGGAUUGGGCUAGUCUUAUGUGUGCUAUUUGUAUGUCUCAGCCGCCGGAGGCGCCGCCCAGUGCUUCCUAUGAGUUUAGGCAUUUUAUCUCUUGUUGUUUGCAGAGGGAUCCCGCCAGGAGAUGGACGGCGGCCCAGUUGUUGCAGCAUCCUUUCGUAGUCAGAGGAAUACCAGGCCAGAAUCAUGCUGCUCAGAAUCUACACCAGUUAUUGCCUCCUCCACCUCCUCUUUCUACUUAGUAGUGUUUGCUUGUUCUUUUUGGUUUCUUUUCUUCUUUUUCUCUGAAAAAAAAUUUUUCUGUAAGUUUUGGUAUAAUGAGCAUGUUCCUUCUUCUUUUUCUUUUCUUUCUUA